GUCCGCCCAGUUCAGCAGGCAGGAGAGUCCCAGCAUUUAAGCAGCUGGCACAGGGCUCAGGAGCUGGCCUGGAGGAGCUGAGCAGAGACGCAGCCAGGACUUCAUUAGAAAGCAAGAGACUGCUAUUAUGCCGGGGAAGGUCAAGCUUCACUACUUCGAUGGACGGGGCAGAAUGGAGUCCAUCCGGUGGCUCUUGGCUGCAGCUGGAGUAGAGUUUGAAGAGAAAUAUAUAACAUCUCCAGAAGAUUUGGAUAAGUUAAGAGAUGACGGGCGUCUGAUGUUCCAGCAAGUGCCAAUGGUGGAGAUUGAUGGGAUGGAGCUGGUGCAGACGAGAGCCAUCCUCAACUACAUCGCCAGCAAGCACAACCUCUACGGGAAGGACUUAAAGGAGAGAGCCCUGAUUGACAUGUAUAUAGAAGGUGUGGCAGAUUUGAAUGAAAUGAUCAUUGUUUUCCCCGGGCAUCCACCUGAAGAGAAAGCUGCCAAGCUUGCCUUGAUCAAAGAGAAAACAACCAAUCGCUAUUUCCCUGCCUUUGAAAAAGUGUUAAAGAGCCACGGACAAGACUACCUUGUUGGCAACAGGCUGAGCCGGGCUGACAUUCACCUGGUUGAACUUAUCUACAACGUGGAAGAGCUUCACCCCGGCCUUACUAACAACUUCCCUCUGCUGAAGGCCCUGCAAACCAGAAUCAGCAACCUCCCCACUGUGAAGAAGUUUCUGCAGCCUGGCAGCCAGAGGAAGCCUCCCUUGGAUGCAAAGUGUUUAGAACUAGCCAAGAGGAUUUUCAGGCUUCCAUAAAGCAGGCAUGGAUGCGAAGCAUGUGCAAGACUAAUCUUCUAACAUUUUGCAACAGUGACAUGCUUGCCUAAUUGCUGAUUGUGACUAUUGCAGAGCUAAUAAACUUUUAAAAUUAUUAAUACAUGCUAAUCAAAUAAUAAAAGUCCUAUGAGCUGA